GCAAGGUAGGGAAUAUCUAGGGACCAUUUCUUUUCGAAGAUCUCAUAGUACCUUAAUCGCGCUAUUGGUCUCCUUUCGCCAUGUUAGGAACUUCCGUUCUCGCUUCCGCGACCUGGUUGCUCGCACUAGGGCAACGUGCGAUCGCUGCUGAUGUCGAUUGGACUACCAUCGCCAACAAGCGCGGCGACCAUCUCCCCGAUUUUAGUUUCUGCGGCUAUCAUGCUUCGGACAAAUCGCUCCCAUCCAUAUCUAGGCCAAGUUCUACCACCAUCAAAGCUUCAUCCAAAGACCAGACUUCACAGAUCCAGACUGCUUUGGAUAAGACCGCUGCCUCGGGGGGAGGUGUUGUCGAACUCGGCUCGGGAACAUUCAAGAUAUCCCCCGGUUUGGUCAUCCCAAAUGGAACGGCGCUGAGAGGUUCUGGUGUUGAUUCUACACACCUAUCGGUCGCUAAAUUGAAGGAGGACGUCCCAUUAAUUUCAUUAGGGAAUGGCACGACUCAUAGAGUGCAACCUUCGAGCACCAACAGCAUCACCGAUAGCUAUGUGGGGAUCGGAGCCAACACGGUGACAGUAAAGGAUACGAAGGGGCUCAAAGUAGGACAGUCUGCCUUCGUCUCCCGUGCCGUGACUGCAGAAUGGGUUAGGUACAACGGAAUGGCUGACCUUGUCCGUGAUGGCAAGCACCAAACUUGGAUUGCGGUAGGGUCACUGGUGCAGCAGCCGCGAGCAAUCCAGGCUAUCAAUGGCAACAAAGUCACCCUGGACGUCCCUCUCACCGAUGCUCUGAAUAAGAAAUACAUGAGUCCAUACCUAGCCACCUUCACGGCGCCUGGCAUAUCGCAGGAAAUCGGUAUUGAGAACUUGUCCAUCACGCUCAACCCCACCUGCUCCGGGUCAGCCCUCAACAAGAAGAACGGGUGCGGCGCAGAAGCUAUCUCCGUGGCGCCUUGGACACAGGACAGUUACAUACGUCAAGUCAACGUAACUGGGUUCAACACAUUUAUCAACGUUCAGAACAAUGCUAGUCGCAUCACAAUUGACCACGUCAGCCUCUUCCGAGAUCACGAUACGGACAAUGCAGCGGGGUACCCAUCGGAUAUCGCCAUCAUGGGGUCGCAAGUGCUAGUCCAAGACAGCGGACAGUAUGGUCUUAAGACAGCCAAGGCCUUCUCCGUAGCGACACAAGCCGGAACUCCUGGCCCGAAUGCUGUCCUGCGACAUGUCGUCCAGUCGGACUUGCAGCAGAUAUACCCGCAUCAACGCUGGGCACACGGCUUACUUGCCGAAGACACUGACGCCGGCGUGAUAUACUUCAAUCGGGCAACUGCUGGAUCCGGUCACGGCUGGGCGAUUAACGCCGGUGUAGCUUGGAAUGUCAGGGGAGGAGUGACAGUUCAAAGUCCGCCGCUAGGUGUCAAUUGGGGAAUCGGAAGUACCGGAAAAGUCACUCAGACGAACGGUUCCAUGGUCGAUACUGGUAGCGCUGUCACGCCGAAGAGUCUCUUCAGUGCGCAGCUGGCCAAGAGAAAAGGUGGCAAGUAGAUAUUUGAUCGUAUUAUGGGAUAGAUGGCGUACGAGGUAAAUGAGUCAGACGCCAUGACUGCCGAGGGAUCGUGUAUCUUUAAAUUCUUGUAUAUUUUUC